GGGCGCCGCGGGGAGAGCGCGCGGCGGCGGCGGUGGAGAAGGAGGCCGCCGGCCGGCAUCCCCGCGCUCGGACCGCGGCCGGCGCGAUGUCCACCAAGGUCAGCAAGUGCAAGGAGCAAGCGAGGGUGACCUUCCCCGCGCCGGAGGAGGAGGAGGAGGAGGGCGAGGACGAAGGCGCGGAGCCGCAGCGCCGCCGACGGGGCUGGAGGGGCGUCAACGGGGGGCUCGAGCCGCGCUUGGCGCCCUGGCAGCGGGAACCGCACGACUACCGCCUGCCGCCCUUCCCGCCGGGGCCCGACAUGUCAAUGGAGGAAAGCCCUUCCCUGAGGCGCAAGACGUUGAUGCGCGAGAAGGGCCGGCGCCAGGCUGUCCGGGGCCCGGCUUUCAUGUUCAACGAUCGGGGCACCAGCCUCACCGCCGAGGAGGAGCGCUUCCUCGACGCCGCCGAGUACGGCAACAUCCCAGUGGUGCGCAAGAUGCUGGAGGAGUCCAGGACGCUGAACGUCAACUGCGUGGACUACAUGGGCCAGAACGCGCUGCAGCUGGCGGUGGGCAAUGAGCACCUGGAGGUGACCGAGCUGCUGCUCAAGAAGGAGAACCUGGCGCGCAUCGGCGACGCCCUGCUGCUCGCCAUCAGCAAGGGCUACGUGCGCAUCGUGGAGGCCAUCCUCAACCACCCGGGUUUCGCGGCCAGCAAGCGCCUCACCCUGAGCCCCUGUGAGCAGGAGCUGCAGGACGACGACUUCUACGCCUACGACGAGGACGGCACGCGCUUCUCCCCCGACAUCACCCCCAUCAUCCUGGCGGCGCACUGCCAGAAGUACGAGGUGGUGCACAUGCUGCUGCUGAAGGGCGCCAGGAUCGAGCGGCCGCACGACUAUUUCUGCAAGUGCGGGGACUGCGCGGAGAAGCAGAGGCACGACUCCUUCAGCCACUCGCGCUCGAGGAUCAAUGCCUACAAGGGGCUGGCCAGCCCCGCGUAUCUGUCCUUGUCCAGCGAGGACCCUGUGCUCACCGCCCUGGAGCUCAGCAACGAGCUGGCCAAGCUGGCCAACAUAGAGAAGGAGUUCAAGAAUGACUAUCGCAAGCUCUCCAUGCAAUGCAAAGACUUCGUAGUGGGUGUGCUGGAUCUUUGCCGAGACUCGGAAGAGGUAGAAGCCAUUCUGAAUGGAGAUCUGGAAUCGGCAGAGCCUCUGGAGAUGCACAGGCAUAAAGCUUCACUGAGUCGUGUCAAACUUGCCAUUAAGUAUGAAGUCAAAAAGUUUGUGGCUCACCCCAAUUGCCAGCAGCAACUCUUGACAAUCUGGUACGAGAACCUCUCAGGCCUGCGGGAACAGACGAUAGCUAUCAAGUGUCUGGUGGUUCUGGUCGUGGCCUUGGGCCUUCCGUUCCUUGCCAUCGGCUACUGGAUUGCACCUUGCAGCAGGCUGGGGAAAAUCCUGCGAAGCCCUUUUAUGAAGUUUGUGGCACACGCUGCUUCUUUCAUCAUCUUCCUGGGCCUGCUUGUGUUCAAUGCCUCAGACAGAUUCGAAGGAAUCACCAUGUUGCCAAAUAUCACUGUUAUUGACUAUCCCAAACAGAUCUUCAGGGUGAAAACCACCCAGUUCACAUGGACUGAAAUGCUAAUUAUGGUCUGGGUUCUUGGAAUGAUGUGGUCUGAAUGUAAGGAGCUCUGGCUGGAAGGACCCAGGGAAUACAUUUUGCAGUUGUGGAAUGUUCUAGACUUCGGGAUGCUCUCCAUCUUCAUUGCUGCUUUCACAGCCAGAUUCCUGGCUUUCCUUCAGGCAACAAAAGCACAACAGUAUGUGGACAGUUAUGUCCAAGAGAGCGACCUCAGUGAAGUUACACUUCCACCAGAGAUACAGUAUUUCACUUAUGCCAGAGAUAAAUGGCUCCCUUCUGACCCUCAGAUCAUAUCUGAAGGUCUCUAUGCCAUAGCCGUCGUGCUCAGCUUUUCUCGGAUCGCCUACAUCCUCCCUGCGAAUGAGAGCUUCGGCCCCUUACAGAUCUCUCUUGGAAGGACUGUGAAGGACAUAUUUAAGUUCAUGGUCCUCUUUAUUAUGGUGUUUCUUGCUUUUAUGAUUGGCAUGUUCAUACUUUAUUCUUACUACCUUGGAGCUAAAGUAAAUGCUGCUUUUACCACUGUAGAAGAAAGUUUCAAGACUCUGUUUUGGUCAAUAUUUGGGUUGUCUGAAGUGACUUCCGUUGUGCUCAAAUAUGAUCACAAAUUCAUAGAGAAUAUUGGAUACGUUCUUUAUGGAAUAUACAAUGUAACUAUGGUGGUUGUUUUACUCAACAUGCUCAUUGCUAUGAUCAAUAGCUCGUAUCAAGAAAUUGAGGAUGACAGUGACGUAGAGUGGAAGUUUGCUCGCUCAAAACUUUGGUUAUCGUAUUUUGAUGAUGGAAAAACAUUACCUCCACCCUUCAGUCUGGUUCCAAGUCCAAAGUCAUUUGUUUAUUUCAUCAUGAGGAUCAUUAACUUUUCCAAAUGCAGAAGGAGAAGGCUACAGAAGGAUAUAGAAAUGGGAAUGGGUAACUCAAAGUCCAGGUUAAACCUCUUCACUCAGUCUAACUCAAGAGUUUUUGAAUCACACAGUUUUAACAGCAUUCUCAAUCAGCCAACACGUUAUCAGGUUGUAAGAUUACAAAUAUACAGUCCAUGGCUUCAAGGAUCUCUCCACUGGAGUGGAAGGGCAGCACGGAGGUGGAGAGGAAGGGAAGGAAAGAAAAAACAGAUAAUGAAAAGACUUAUAAAGCGGUACGUUUUGAAAGCACAAGUAGACAAAGAAAAUGAUGAAGUUAAUGAAGGUGAAUUAAAAGAAAUCAAGCAAGAUAUCUCCAGCCUUCGCUAUGAACUUUUGGAGGACAAGAGCCAAGCGACUGAGGAAUUAGCCAUUCUAAUUCAUAAACUCAGUGAGAAACUGAAUCCCAGCGUGCUGAGAUGUGAAUGAUUCAGUAACCUGGAAUUAUGGCUUUGACUAUAGCACAAAUGUGGGCAAUAAUAUUUCUAAGUAUGAAAUACUUGAAAAACUAUGAUGUAAAUUUUUAGUAUUAACUACCUUUAUCAUGUGAAUCUGUAAAGGUUAGGUCUUAAUGAUUUUACUGUUUUAUCACAUGCAAAUCGUCUUCAUUUUAAUUGUCUGCCUUGACAUCACAAACAAUGACGUGCCAUUGUAUUUAAAGACCCAAUAUUACUACAUUAUUGAUAUUUUUGUCCAUUUUAGAAUAAACUGUAUGUCUUUGCACUACCUGUUUGCCUCUAAGAGACUGUAAGCUCCUUGGGGACAGGGACCAUGUCUUAUUCAUCUUUGUGUCUCCAGCAUCUAGUACAGUGCCUGGUACAUAGUAGGUGCUCAAUAAAUGUUGUCAAAACCAACUGAACUGAACUGCCAACGAAAUACAAAUAAAAAUUAAAAGGCCAUCACUAUGUAGCAUAUCUUCCCUUGUCCACGUGCUAAAGAGAUUUUUUUUUUGAAAAAUAUAAACUGAAAAAAUUUUACAAACAGCUAUGACUUGGUCAGAUUUUUCUUAGAAUUUUUGACAUCACUGAUAAUCCUAGAACCUUUGAU